AUGGACCCGAAAGUAACUAUCGUCGAAGUUGGUCCUCGCGACGGGCUACAAAACAUCAAAAAUCAGGUACCUACAGAGGUUAAAACUGAACUCAUACGAAAGCUCUACGACUCUGGUCUGCGAACCAUAGAGGUCACGUCGGUUGUCUCUCCCAAGGCUGUCCCACAGCUGAGAGACUGCCAUGAGGUCCUUCAAAGCAAAACCAUCAAGCAACUGACCCAGCAUUCCGUUCGGUUACCAGUCUUGGUCCCAAACAUUAAAGGUGUUACGAUUGCGCAUGGCUAUGGUGUCUCCGAGGUGGCAGUCUUUCUCAGCGCUUCCGAAGGGUUCAGCAGAGCAAACAUCAAUUGCACCGUAGACCAGGGGAUCGCAAGAGCUCGAGAGGUCGCUUCAGAAGCCAAGAAACUCGGCAUGAUCGUCAGAGGGCAGUUUAAAAAUGGCACUGGCAUGCUAAUCGUGUGCAAAAGAUAUGUUUCCUGCAUAUUCGCUGAUCCUUUCGACGGGCCGACCCCUGAAUCUGCCGUUUUGAGAGUUGUGAAAGAGUUGUUAAGCAUGGGCUGUUACCAAGUCAGUCUUGGCGACACACUCGGAGUUGGAUCUCCAUCCGAUGUUCGCAAACUUAUCCAGACCCUCGGCGAGAAUGACGUCCCCCUCCGUCAGUUGGCUGGUCAUUUCCAUGACACCUACGGCCAAGCACUUGCAAACGUCUGGGAAGCAUAUCAAUGCGGUAUCCGAGUAUUUGAUAGCAGUGUCGCUGGUCUCGGGGGAUGUCCCUUUGCGCCAGGAGCUACGGGGAACAUUGCGACUGAAGACUUGGUCUACAUGUUUAACCGUGCCCGCGUUGCGACUGGUGUUGAUUUGCAAAAGCUAGUCGCAACAGGGCGAUGGAUAUGCAGCAAAUUGGGGAUUCCAUCAGCAAGCCGUGCUUCAGCAGCUAUAUCAGCCAAAGGUCAAAAGGCCGUUGCUCCACGACACGGCCAUAGCACUAAUAAUCAUGCCACCGACUUGGAGUGGAAAGAGGCAUCGAAGUCGGAAGGUUUAAUAACACAUCGAGCUGGUGCCAACCUCAGAAUCACCAUGAACCGUCCUAGAAAUGGCAAUGCAUUGACCACCAAGAUGAUUGAGGACCUGGUCUCGAUCUUCUCUUCGGCAGCCAAUGACUCGACGAUUAGUCGAAUUGCUAUUAUCGGGAAUGGUAAAUACUUUUGCACCGGCAUGGAUCUCGGCAAAAGCACCACCCCAGUCGGCACUGACGAAACAUCGGCCAACGAGCAGUACGAAAGACUUCACCGUCUUUUCGAGACGAUUGACCAAUCCCCCAAAGUUACUAUAUGCUGUCUGAAUGGCCCUGCUUUCGGCGGGGGCGUAGGGCUAGCAUUCGCAUGUGACCUGCGGCUUGCCACAAAGGAUGCCAGCGUUAUGUUGAGUGAGGCAAGGCUGGGGCUAUGUCCCGCGACCAUUUCCAAGUAUGUGAUUCGAGAACUUGGCGUGCCGUUUGCCAGGGAGGCAAUGCUGUCUGCGCGUCGCAUCCCUGCCAAGGAGCUGGAGACCAAGGGCAUCAUCAAGACCGUUGCCAAUGACGUAGCUCAAUUACAGUCAGCCCUGGAUAGCCUUGUCGCAGAACUGAGAUUUGUGUCCUCGGACGCUUUGAAGAUGUGCAAAGAGCUUGUUCGUGUGAGCUGGAGCCAUGGGGGACAACCGACUCAGGAGACAGCCAUUAAGCAUAUAUUUGAACAUAUGAUGAAGCCUGAUAGCGCAGGGUCUUAUGGGGUGAAAGAAUUUCAAGCUGGACGAAAAGUAGACUGGGACUUGUAUCAACGGGGUAAAGCUCAAAGCAAGCUGUAG